CGGGCCAAAAAGGAAGCGGGGUCCUUCUCUAGGGCGGUCGCACAGGCAGUGGCUGUGUGAAGCCGGGCUCAGGCAAAAUGUACUACAAGUUUAGCGGUUUCACGCAGAAGUUGGCUGGAGCUUGGGCUUCGGAAGCCUAUAGUCCGCAGGGGUUAAGGCCAGUGGUUUCCACAGAAGCACCGCCUAUCAUAUUCGCCACACCGACUAAGCUGACCUCCACUGUGACGGCGUAUGACUAUGCAGGGAAGAACAAAGUUCCAGAGCUGCAGAAGUUCUUCCAGAAGGCUGAUGGUGUGCCCAUCCACCUGAAACGAGGCCUUCCCGACCAAAUGCUUUACCGGACCACCAUGGCGCUGACUAUAGGAGGAACCAUCUACUGCCUGAUCGCCCUCUACAUGGCUUCGCAGCCCAAAAACAAAUAAAUUAGCCUGCUGGGGACUGGUUUACUUUGUAGCACAAACCCUUUGAAUUUUCAGUUUUCUGAUUUUUUUUUUCCACUUGGGUGGUCUACUAACAUUUUUGCAAACAAAGGAAAAGAUAAGAACACAAGCGUUUCGGUUGUUUUUGAAAUGCAGACGGCCUCUCAGACGUCAGAGCUCAUUGGACAGUUAAAACUGUUGUUUGAGGGGUGACGCUGAGCCGUGUUUAUGCUCCUGAUUUCCCUGGAGGUUCUGGAUGGAAGUGGCUCACUGCCUCAUUAAUGGCAGGCAGCCUGUGCUCAGGGCGUCUGGGACUAGGGCUGUGUCUAAGCAGGAAUUCCAGAAGCCUUUCUGGGUUCAGGUGUGACUGAGGGAGGAAGACAGCAGCUGGAGAGGUCCUAUGUGUGAAAUGAGGGCUUCGAGUUAGCCUUCUGGGGGCUUUUUCCACCUUGCUGUGAAAUGUUAGUAGAAGGUAUUUGCAAUCUGCCUGUUUGUUGGGCAGUUUGUUUCAAAGGGUUAUUGCUGCACCCAGCUCCUUAGUGAAAUGUUCUAUGUCCAUCAUGGAAAAGAGAAUACUUGUCGGUGUUGCACUUUAGACGGCUGGACCACAAAUUCUUCAAUAAUGCUAUGGCUUUAAGUCAUGAUUUAUUUGACUGUGGAAUAAAUAAAUGAACAAUA